AUGGACCAAGAAGUCGAGGUCCGGGAUACAUUUGCCCAACAAGACCACCAGGUUGCUUACAUCUUCGACCCUGACCAUGGCGACGAUUCUCCCCGGGACCAGAGGGCGCCGAAAAGACGGCGACUUUCCAAGGGUGCAAGCAAGAAGAGCGUCGGGAGUGGCGAGGCGCCGCUCUUCGUGCCGUUGCUCAAUGGCGCCGAGCAGGAGGCAUUUGCGAUUUUGCGAGAGUCCAACUCGGCGACGCUGGAUCAAGUCUCGGCAUUUGUGAACGAUGCUGCGGCCGUGGGCACCGACCAAAUACCCUCUGCGUUUCUCGUGACGGGGCCAAAUAUCGCUUCGCAAGGCUUGUUGUUCGAACAGCUCGCAGAGACGUUGGGCCAGCAGCCCGCCAGCCGGUUUGUGCGGCUGAAGUCCUCGGAGACGGCGACCCUCAAGGCUGCGUUGAAGAAGGCGAUUAGAGAUGCCAUGGCGACGGCGGGAGACGAGGGUGAGGGCCUGCAGAUUGAUGAUGCGCAGAAUGGUCGACGAUACCUAGAGUACGAUCUGGAGGCGUUGGAGGCUUUCAUCAAGCCGCUUCGGUGUGAGCACGUCUUCGUGGCGUUUCAGGACAGCGAGGGCUUCGACAGCGGCUUGCUGUCCGACCUGAUUGCUCUUUUCCACUCUUGGCGUCCCCGGAUUCCGUUCACGUUGCUGUUUGGCGUCGCCACGUCGGUGGAGUUACUGCAGGCACGCCUGCUCAAGUCUGCGUGCCGGCUGGUGUACGGCGCGCAAUUUGAUGCCGCCCAGGCGGGCAACAUUGUCGAAACAGUCUUCAAAGGAGCCAUUGCCGCUGCUGAUGUUCCCCUGAUAGUGGGUGCGCCUCUCCUUCAGAGCAUGCUGGAUCGUCAGCAUGAACAGGUAGCUGGCAUUCAAUCAUUUAUCAGCUCCCUCAAGGUAUUUCGCGGCCUGAUGUUCUCGUCUUCUACUGUGAUGGAAAUGUCUGACCUGGAAAAGUACGCAUACAUGUGUCACUUCUACGCAAAUCCACUCAGCAUCCUUUGUUCCCCCGAUGGUGACGACCUUCUCCAGGUAGAGCACCUCGAAGCCGCCCGCAAUUUGCCUUCGUUUCGGCACACUGUCGAGCGGGAAGUAGAGAAAAACACGCGAGAAUCGCUCCAGCACGCCAAGUCUUUACUUGACAACAACGACUACCUUCUCGGCCAAAUCAGACGCGGGAAAACUACCAAGCAGACCUGCGCAGAAAGACACCUCCGCUCUCUACUGAUUUCGCAAGCUGCGGGUGCGCAACGAGGCUCUUUUUCAAGGGUAUAUGCUGACAGUAUGGGGGGUGGCGCUUCGAUGCCACCUGGACAGUCCACCGCACUGGUAGCGGCUAUCCGCAGGAUGAAUCCAGAUGAGUUAUCCGUGGCGCUCGGUGGCAUUAUUGGCAUUUUCAAAGAGGGGGAUGCAAUGCUCCGUCUGGGACCAUCUGACAACGAGCAGGAUCAACAAGCGCGAAGUACACUGGAGACCAAACUCGAGGACCUGAAGCGGCUCAAGGCCAACGCAGACGAGCAAGGAAUGUCACUACGAAGCAAAUACAGUGGACAAAGCAAAAUCAUGCGCACCACCGUCAUUGCGCAGAAGGUCCAGCUGAGCCAGGACUCUGCGGCCCUCCGCGACGAGGACAAGAGAUUCACCGAGAUUGUCGACCAUGUAACGGAUGCACUGGCUGCUUAUUCCCCUAGCACGAACCCCAGCGACGUCUUGUUUGCUGAGUGCUGGCUCUACGACUCCAAGUCCCCCUCGCGACAAGUGUUCGUCCCUCGACCACGGGCGGUGUUUGAGCGUAGCCUCGGCCGUCCGCACGAUUAUCUCGGAUGCUCAUGCUGCAAGGCCGGUGGCGAGGGCCUUCAGGCAACGCUCCCUGCCACAUCUAUUCUGUACCAGUUGUACCUCGAGACAGGGAGCUUGAUCAACGUUGCAGAUUUGUGGUCAGCCUUUCAUGCACUGGUAAGUGAAAAGGAAGACGAUGAUCGGAAAACGCUGGUAAUGUUUUAUCGGGGUCUUGCGGAACUGCGGGCUCUAGGAUUUGUCAAAAAUAGUAAGAAAAAGGUAGAUCAUAUCGCCAAGGUAAAGUGGCUCUAG